AUGAAGGAUCGACUUGGGGCACUUAAAGCGGUCCAAUCAGAAGAAGAACAUGAAGAUGUUGCUGCCGCAAUGGAAGCUAGUCAAAGCCAAUUUAUGGAAGAAUUUUUUGAGCAAGUUGAGGAAAUUCGUGGAAGUAUUGAUUUAAUUGCUUCGAAUGUUGAAGAAGUAAAAAAGAAACAUUCUGCGAUUCUUUCAAAUCCUGUGAAUGAUCCAAAAACCAAAGAAGAAUUGGAUGAAUUAAUGGCAGAAAUUAAGAAGACUGCAAAUAAAGUGCGGGGAAAGCUUAAAUUAAUUGAAAAUAGUAUAGAACAUGAUGAAAGUGGAGGUAUGACUAGCGCUGAUUUGCGAAUUCGAAAAACACAACAAGCUACACUUUCAAGAAAAUUUGUUGAAGUAAUGACGGAUUAUAACAAAACACAAACAGAUUAUAGAGAGCGUUGUAAAGGAAGAAUUCAGAGACAAUUGGAUAUUGCGGGUAAAAAAGUUGGCGAUGAAGAUCUUGAAGAAAUGAUUGAAUCUGGAAAUCCUGGUGUUUUUACUCAAGGAAUAAUUACUGACACACAACAAGCAAAACAAACAUUGGCUGAUAUUGAGGCUAGACAUAAUGAUAUUAUGCGAUUGGAAAGUAGUAUAAGAGAAUUACAUGAUAUGUUUAUGGACAUGGCAAUGCUUGUUGAAUCUCAGGGUGAAAUGGUUGACAGAAUAGAAUAUAAUGUGGAACAUGCAAAAGAAUUUGUAGAUAGAGCUGUGGCCGAUACAAAAAAGGCUGUUCAAUAUCAAAGCAAAGCGAGAAGAGUAGGUUUUAAAAAAUUUAAAAUUUUUUCUCUUUAAAUUUAUAAUUUUUUUUUGUUUUUUGCUGUGUUUAGUUAAGUCUUUUUGUUUUUUUAGUUUUAAAAUUUUUUAAAAAUUUUCGAAAAAUUUUUUGAAAAUUCAAAAAAUUGGUAAAACUUUCGAAUCUGGCUACCUAACAAAAAUACUACUUGAAUCAUGUCAUUCGACUUCCUCGACGAGCUCUUACGAAUGAGCUACCAUUUGUAUUAUCAGAUUUUUUACCCCAAGAAUAAGUUUAGUCCCCCUGUGUUUUUUGACCAUUUCGAGCCCUGUAUGUUAUCCCAGUUGUUUCCACUGGAUAAUGGUGUUAUUCGUCUCAACUUGUCGAGAUCUUUCGAAUGACAACUGAUUCAAGUAUUUUUGUUUUAUUUUUGUUUGGUGGACAAUUUUCCCAAAAAAAUUUUUUGAAAAUUUCAAAAAAUUUUUCAAAAUUUUCCAAAAAAAUUUUUUUCGUUUUUUGUUUUGCUUUCCCCCUUCCCCCCUCCUUAUUUUUUUAUUUUUUGUUUCUAGAAGAAAAUUUUUUGUCUAAUUGUUGCAAUCGUUUUGUUGGCUUUACUAAUUGGUGGAAUUAUUUUAUAUUUUGUUAUGAAUUUUGCUGUGAUGCCGCAUGGGCUCCCUGAAGUUAAUGAAGGGCACGAGUCUUCUUCUUCUGUUUCUCGAAAUGAAACAAAUGAUAUAAAUACAAGCCGCCACCAAAUUAAUAAAACUUUAAACAAAACACCAAAGAAUUGAGAGGAAGGAAAAAGUGGGAGAGAAAGGUUUAAAUUUAUAAAAAGGGUUAUCAAGAAAAGUUUUUGCGGGCUGAUAUUUGCGGACUAGAGACCGGCGGAGAUCGCACUUCCGGGAUCCCGAGUCGGGAUUUUUUUAAACCAAUGCCGGGACGGGAUCCCGAGGGAUAAAUCCCGAAUAAAUCCGAAAAUCAAGAAAUCAGGGAUCGGGAUCCCGGAAAAUCCCGUCGUGAUCCCGUCUCGCGCCGGUCUCUAUUGCGGGCAAACUUGGGGCAACGGUUACUAGGUUUUUUUCUAGGGCUGGAUUUUUGUGGGAUAUUGGGGGUAUUUAUCUUUUAAAACUGUAAAGUUGUAUUUGUCCGCAAAUGUUUGUCCGCAAAUUUUGCUCUACCCAAAGAUUCCAUUUUUGAUUGCAUUUCAAAGGGAAAAAUUUUAUUUUUGAAAAUUUUUUCUUAAAAGAUACCCUACUCGCUUUGCUUAUUUCCUUAUUUUUCCUUUUUAACCCCCUUGUAAUUAAUUGUAAACUUCAUAUUUUAAAAUGCCUUAAUAGGUGAGAUUUUUUGAAUUUUUUUGGGGAUGUCUUUUUUAUAAAUAUUCCUGUGCCUUUAAAAUAAAUUUCUUUAAUUUUUUUUAAAUUGUGAUUCUUUGCAUUUUAUUCAUAAAACUAUGUAUUUUUGUCUAAAUUUUAUCCAAAUUUUUAUUUUUUUUUAAUUUGCGGACAAUCCGCAAUUUAUUUGCGGACAAUCCGCCAAAUUAAAGAGGGUAGUAGGAAAAAAACAAACAUUACUCCAGAGAAAUCUUUGGAAUAAUUUCACUUUUAGGCAGAGUUUUCUACUCUUUUUUAAAAUAAAUUUUUAAGAAUUAAAUCCGCAACUUUUUUUAUCCGCAAAAUAAAAUCCGCAAUUUUUUGUCAACUUGUCCUUUGGUUGGUCGUCGGUUAGAUAAAAUAAAAUUUUGUUUUAGUAUUUUUUGUUGUUUUCUCUUCGUCGUUUGUGUUCAGUAACGUCGUGUUUGUGGUUUUGUCUCUAAAAAGAAAUUUUUUUAAUUUUAAAAUUUUUUUAGAAAAAAAUCAUUGUA